AUGUCUUUAGAGCCCGAGGUCAAGACCGAAGGGAAAGACCUUCAAAACGAAGCAGGCCUUGGUCAGGUAAAGGAUGGUUCUAGGACCACUUUAGCCGAUGCUGAUGAACUAAUGAAGGUUUUCCAGAAGAAGCUAAGGGCUGUUGUUAACAUGGACCAUACUGCAAACACCACUUUCAAUGACUUGAAGCUUAUGAAUGAUGAGUUUCAGUUCCUUGCUACCACGAAUGGUAUUUACCUUGAUCGCAAAUUCACUGAUAAAUUGAGAACUCAAGUGGAUAAAAUGAAUCCUUCAACUGAUAUAUAUGACAAGAUUUUCAAACGUCAAAAGCAGGCAAGAGAAGAAGCUGGAGCUUUAGACCACCUAAAAUCUACAGUAUUAGAUUACAUGGUAGAUGUUCAAACUGAACGUGAAUACAUCCUCCAAAAUUUGAACGAAUCUAAUUCAAGUAGUAAGUUAUCACCGGAUGAAAAUCCAUAUGUGGCACCAUUGAGAGUCAACUAUAUAGAUCCAAUCAAAAACUUAGCAUUUAAUGGAUUUAAUGCUAAAGCUACCCAAGAACCAAAUAGACCACAACGUAGAAGUAGAAGGACCUCUAGCGUGAAAACUAAUGAGAAUCAAUCAACGGCCAGUAAACCUAAUACCAGAGGAAGCAAGGGCAAAUCUAAAAAGAAUUCACUUGCAACGACUGCAAUUACGAAUAAUGUUGUGAAAUCGAAAAGAAAGAGAAAACCAACGGUCCGUGCGGAUGAGAUACUAGAUGAUGAAGAAUUUGAGACAGAAUUAACUGCAAUUUUGGAAAACCAACAAGAGGAGGAGGAACCAAAGAAAAAAAGAAGGAGGGGCAAAAAUACUGUUUCCACUGAAGAUGCUGUGAGUCAUACAGAAAAUGUCAAACCACCGGAGCCUGUUAUUGAAGAAAGUCUAUCUCAGAAGCAGCUGAAGUCCCUUGAAAGACAUUACGAUAACACUUAUAUUUCAAUUUGGAAAGAUUUGGCAAGAAAAGAUGGACCAAAAGCUUAUAGGUUGUUCCAGCAAACUGCUCAAGCAAAAUCUAUCAACAUGAGAAAGACGGCACAGUUAGCCAUGAGAGAAUGCAAGAAAUGGCAAAGUAAAACCACCAAGCAACAAAAGGAUUUGAAUGCAAAGGCUAGAAGAAACAUGAGAGAAAUGUUAAGUUUCUGGAAGAAAAACGAAAAAGAAGAAAGAAAUUUGAGAUUGAAAGCCGAACAAGAAGCUCUGGCUAAGGCUAAGAAAGAGGAAGAAGAAAGAGAAGCAAAGAGACAAGCUAGGAAACUAAACUUCUUAAUCAACCAAACCGAACUAUAUUCUCACUUCAUUGGUAGGAAAAUUAAAACUAGUGAAAUGGAAGGUGAAAUGGGCGACAAAAAUAUACCAAGUAGUUCUUCAACCAACUCCAAUGGUAAACAUCUUUCCGAAGAUCAGGUUGAUUUGAGUUUGGCGACGAAAGAUUUCAAUGCUUUGAAUUUUGAUGAAGAGGAUGAAGCUGAAUUACAAAAGAGGGCUGCUGCCAAUGCACAAUCGGCCUUGUUAGAAGCUAAAAAUAAGGCACAGCAGUUUAAUCAUGGUGUCAAGAGAGCUGAUAAUAAUUCUGACGACUCGGCAGACGAAUCUGAUGAGGAGGAUAAUGAGGGCGAGUUGAAUUUCAAAAACCCAUCUUCAGCUGGUGACCUUGUUGUUGACCAACCUAAAUUAUUGAACUGCACCCUAAAGGAAUAUCAACGUAAAGGUUUGAACUGGUUGGCGAAUCUAUACGAGCAAGGUAUAAAUGGUAUUUUGGCAGACGAAAUGGGUCUCGGUAAAACUGUUCAAUCUAUUUCGGUCCUUGCAUACUUGGCGGAAACGCAUGAUAUUUGGGGACCUUUCCUUGUUGUGACACCUUCCUCGACGUUACAUAACUGGCAACAGGAAAUUACAAAGUUUGUGCCUGAUUUCAAUGUCUUACCAUAUUGGGGUACUGCCAAAGAUCGUAAAGUUCUACGUAAAUUUUGGGACAGAAAAAAUAUUAUAUACAAUAGAAAUACUCCAUUUCAUGUUGUUGUUACUUCUUAUCAGUUAGUCGUUGCAGAUCAACAAUAUUUUCAAAAAAUGAAGUGGCAGUAUAUGAUUUUAGAUGAAGCACAGGCCAUUAAAUCAUCUCAGUCUACCAGAUGGAAGUCGCUACUCAACUUACAAUGCCGUAAUAGAUUACUUUUAACUGGUACUCCAAUUCAAAAUAACAUGCAAGAAUUAUGGGCCUUGUUGCAUUUUAUCAUGCCUUCAUUGUUUGAUUCUCAUGAUGAGUUCAGUGAAUGGUUUUCCAAAGAUAUUGAGGCGCAUGCUCAAGCUAAUUCCAAAUUGAAUGAAGAGCAAUUGCGUAGGUUACAUGCUAUUCUAAAGCCAUUUAUGUUACGUAGAAUCAAGAAAAACGUUCAAAGCGAAUUGGGUGAUAAGAUCGAGGUUGAUGUUUACUGUGAUCUGACUAAUAGACAAAAAAAGUUGUACCGUAUGUUACGUUCCCAAAUCAACUUGAUGGACUUGAUUGAGAACAAUAAAAGAAUUGGUAACAAUGAAGAAGUUGAGUCGUUAAUGAACGUUGUCAUGCAAUUUAGAAAAGUUUGUAAUCAUCCUGAUUUGUUCGAAAGAGCAGAUACAAAGUCUGCAUUUAGCUUCUCUUCUUAUUCAAUGACAGGUAAUUUACUAAAAGAAGUUAAUGAACCUUUAUUGGAAUUGAAUUACAGCACAAGGAACCUAAUCGAGUAUAGGAUACCAAAACUCAUCAUUGAUGACCUUCUGUUACCAUCAUUUGAGAAAGAGAAUCUUACUGACAAGGAACGAAUGAUAAAAAAAAUGUUUUCUGUUUACAAUGCCGAAUCUUUAGUCAGUAAUGAGAAAAAUGAAAUGAAUGUUCUCAAGUUUGUUAGGGAGUCACCUAGUGAGGUGAAACGGAUUGUCAAUAAUAAUGUAUUAAUCAAUGCAGUGAAUAAUAGAAAUUAUGGACAAACUACUAGAGAUUCAAGGGCAAAACUCAUAGAGGAAAUAUAUGGUCAUGACGAGAAGAAUUCGGUGGUAUUGAGCUCGCAAGUAUCUGAUAAAAUUCCAAACCAUAUGAGAGAUGCCAUAGACAGUGUUUCGAAAGCUAUGUACAUGAGAAGUUUCCAAAAAGGUUAUCAUGAUAAUGCUAGGGCUCCUCCAGUUGAAUUAGUAAUUUCAAAAAGUAACUUAAACUCAAUAAAAAAUGACGUUUUAUUUAGUCCUACAAUAAGACAAGCACUAUUGCCAUUGAACCUUGACACGCAAGCUGCACUGAUUGAAAAUGAAGUUCCUCUCAAAGAUUGGCCGAAAGCAGAGAUGUUACCUGAAGAAGAAUCCAAUUACAUGGGAGGUGGUACUAUACGACUUCCAUCAAUGGAAAGAUUUGUUCUAGAAAGUGCCAAGUUGAAGAAACUUGACCAAAUGUUGGUUGACCUUAAGAAAGGUGGUCAUAAGUGUUUGAUUUACUUUCAAAUGACUAGAAUGAUGGAUCUAAUGGAGGAAUAUUUGACUUACAGACAAUAUAAAUACAUCAGGUUGGAUGGUUCCUCUAGACUCUCGGACAGAAGAGAUUUGGUGAAUGAUUGGCAAACGAAUCCUGAACUAUUUAUCUUCUUGUUGUCGACAAGAGCAGGUGGUUUAGGUAUUAAUCUUACUGCUGCAGAUACCGUUAUUUUCUACGAUUCGGAUUGGAACCCAACAAUCGAUUCGCAAGCCAUGGACCGUGCUCACAGAUUGGGACAAACUAGGCAAGUUACUGUUUACAGAUUGUUAGUUCGUGGCACAAUCGAAGAACGUAUGAGAGACCGUGCUAAGCAAAAGGAGCACGUCCAACAGGUCGUCAUGGAAGGCAAAGUUGAUGUUCUUGAACAACCUGAGGAAAGGGAGAAAUCUGAUAAGAAAGAAAUGGCACUCUGGCUACUUGAAGACGAUAAAUAG